AUGGGGCUACAGCUGCGGCCGGCGUUGGCUCCGGUACCUGAUGUCCCUGCUAACACCAGCGACUAUCAGGACGGCAGCGUCAGUCCGUGGGAGGAGCUGGCUAGGAAGUACUGGGAGGGUAGAACCCAGGCGCCUACCAAGGUCAAACCCGACGUUAUCACCAACGAGUUAUGGCGACCUUUGGAGCAACAAGGCUUCUCACCAAAAUCCCUGGCUAUCUUGGAAAGUCACCAGGUGUUAGAGAGGUUUCUGUGGCCAACGUACUCCCCGGAUGCGCCUAACCAUCAUGUCAUACUCAUUGCCGUCUUCUUCAACCUCAAGCAACGCGCACGCCUACAGGACUGGUCGCUCUUCACCAACAGCCGCCCCGGUGACUUCUCGACCCUACUACGCCGAGUGCUGUCCCUCAACCUCGAUGCCUCGCUGGCGAUCCACUCCCGGCUGUCCUUGCUUAAUUUCGUCCUAGGAGCAUUUCAAUCAUUGGAUAAUGAGCAUGUCCGAAAGGAGUGCGCUCCGCUUGUGUCAAUCGCGACUUGGCACAAUCUGCAUGACGAGCAGGCAAAAGAGAGGCUCUUUGAGACAAGUCCGGCGAGAAGAAAAGCGUGGAGAGCAGCUGCCCGGAGAUUUGAUGCGGCAGACCCAGACACUCAAAGUCGCUUGCGAUUCGAUCGGGCAUGGCUGUUUACAAUGGUUAUUGACUUUAUCGGAAGACUGAAUGUAUCAAACUUGACUCAUUCUCAAGAGAUGGCCUACUGUGAGCGCUUCCUUGAAUUUCUCAUUGACCUCAUCAGUCAACUGCCCACCAGACGCUACACCAAUCCUCUAUUCCAGGACCUCAAUUUGCUGCCGAUCAUACGGACGGCGAAACUUUAUGAAAAGGAGGACGCCAUAUUGUUACGCGACCUCGCCGAUCUAUUUGAGCACUUCCAGACUUUCGCCGUUGACGACAUGGGUGCCACUCAAGCAACUGACGAUGUUCGUAAGAACUAUUAUCAUGCCCUGGAACGUUUACAGCACAUUUCUCUGCAGCAUUUCGAGCACAAGCUCAAAGUCCUCGCUUUAUCCAACUUCGGCUCCAUCAGCAAGCGCGCUGACUUGCAGUCUCACUUUUCAGAGUUGACGAACGACGAACUCCAGCAAUUAUGCCAACAUCUCGGCUUCCGCACCACGUAUCCCGCGGCUGCUGCGUUAACCGCCAACCGUGCGAUCCUGAUGGAAACCCUCCUUUCAUCUUUCUCCAAGCAACGGGAUUUCCGGGAGAUUGUAAACCAAUUAUCGGUUUUGCCCAAAGCUGACUCACUGUACGACCCAGCACUCUUACGAAAUGAGCAAUAUGACGGCUCGAAACCACUUGGCAUUCCGAAACUCAACCUGCAAUAUCUCACCCUCGGCGAUUUCAUGUGGCGCUCUUUCCAGUUGUACCAAGCGGAAGCUUUUUACGGUGUUAGAAAGGACAUGGAAAGCAUCGUGAAGCGCAUGAAGCCCAAAGCUGGGAGGGACAGGAGUACAAUGUUUGAAGGCUUCUCGAAGAUGGCGCUACCGAUUUCCGAGCCUGCGAUCACUGAAGUUGGACCCCCAAAAGUCGGUCAUCUCAAGCCUAGCUUUGUGCGAGCGGAAGUGAUUCUAGAUGUUAGCCGCUUGUCGGACAGCAUCCGGAGGGAAUGGGACAAUCUCAGGCCUCAUGAUGUUGUGUUUUUGCUAGCUGUCAAAGCGAACGACAAUGCUCAACCCUUCAUGAACGGCCAUGCUUCUGGGGAAGGGGAGGAACGUAGACUGUUUACUAAUCUCAGAGCAGCUGAAGUCGUCCAAGUUUUGGAUGACAAUGGUCGAGCUUUGAGGGACACCCAGAGCAAUGGCUAUUCGAGGCCGAGGCAGCGACGACUCCUACUCGACCUUGACGCAACAUCGUACGCAGCGGACAAGCUGAAGUCCACGCGUGGCACAUCAGACGUUGCAUCUCUCAAUGUUAUCGCCCGCAGGCAAGGUCGGGAAAAUAAUUUCAAGGCUGUGUUGGAGACCAUUCAGAGCUUGGUGUCAUCCCAGACGUUGCUUCCUUCUUGGCUGCAGGACGUCUACCUAGGCUAUGGUGAUCCGAAGAGUGCCACUUACCCUUUCAUUCCGGACCACAUCGAGUCUGUGGAUUAUCUGGAUACAUUCCUAGAUUGGCAGCAUCUAACAGACAGCUUUGCCGGGAGGACCGUUGAGGCAGCCUCAGAGCAGCCAGUGCCGUUCAGCCCACCCUAUGUCCUCGAGACUACGGUUCAGCCGGCCGCGCAGCUUCCAACUAACCCGAAAAAGCGACGACGAGACCAGAUGGAACAAGACUCCUCAACGGUCAAGGUAUCAACCUACAAGCCACGCAAUACUGGCCCUUAUCCGGUGGAUGUACCCAAGAAGAACGCGGUACGCUUCACUCCACGGCAGGUGGAAGCUGUUGUCUCUGGGACGCAGCCAGGCCUCACCAUCAUUGUUGGCCCACCCGGUACCGGAAAGACCGACGUUGCUACACAGACGAUAAAUCUGCUGUACCACAACUUCCCAUCAGAGCGCAUCUUGCUCGUUGCCCACAGUAAUCAGGCGCUCAACCAACUUUUCCAGAAGAUUAUUGCCCUCGACAUCGAUCCCCGUCACCUCCUACGGCUGGGCCAUGGCGAAGAGGAACUAGACACCGAGGGUUCGUACAGCAAAUAUGGCCGAGUCGAAUCGUUCUUAGAAAAUCGUCAAGUAUAUCUGUCGGAGGUCAGCCGCCUCGCGGCUUCUCUUGGCGUCGAAGGUGCUCACGGCGCUUCUUGUGAGACGGCUGAUUAUUUCAAUCAAGUCUUUAUCAAACCUGCAUGGCAACGAUUCUGGGACGCAGCAAAUGCGGAGAACGCCACCGCGGAAGCUGUGGUCACCGUAUUCCCGUUCUCCAAGUACUUCAACAAUGCUCCCGUUCCAACGCUGUUCUCAGGAGACGCCACGCUGGAGGAGAUAAAGGAGAUCGCCUCUGGUUGCCAAUAUCAUAUCGACAAAAUCUUUGCCGAGCUCGAGUCGAUUCGACCUUUCGAGAUCCUGCGUAGCAGUCGAGAUCAGGCAAACCACCUGCUCGUCUCAGAAGCGCGGAUUAUUGCAAUGACAUCAACGCACGCCGCAAUGAGAAGAUCAGAGAUCGCAGAACUAGGCUUUCACUACGAUACACUUAUCAUGGAGGAAGCGGCUCAGAUCACCGAAAUCGAGUCCUUCAUUCCUUGUGCCAUGCAAAUGCCCGACGUCAAGACCAGCGAGCUGCCUCUGAAAAGAAUUGUUCUCGUGGGCGACCACCUUCAAAACUCGCCGGUCGUACAAGACCUCGCCUUACGUCAGUACGCCCACUUCGAUCAAUCCCUGUUCCUUCGCCUAGUUCGACUGGGCGUCCCAACCGUGCACCUCGAUCAACAGGGCCGGUGUCGCCCUUCCAUCGCCCAGCUCUUCUCGUGGCGGUACAACAAUCUCGGCAACCUGCCUCAUUUGCUUUCGCGGCCUGAGUUCGCACGCGCCAAUGCCGGCUUGAAGUACGACUAUCAAUUCAUCGAUGUGCCCGUUUACCAGGGCACUGGAGAACGAGAACCGAGUCCGCAUUUCAUCCAGAACCUCGGCGAGGCAGAAUACGCAGUAGCGCUGUACCAGUACAUGCGCCUGCUAGGGUAUCCUGCACGGAGUAUCUCCAUUCUAGCCACCUACGCGGGCCAAAGGGCGCUCAUUCGAGAUGUCUUGGAGCAUCGCUGCAAGAAUAACUCUCUCUUUGGGAUGCCUCGGAUUGUGACCACUGUGGACAAAUAUCAAGGCGAGCAGAAUGAUUACGUUAUCGUCUCGAUGACGAGGUCAAAGUCCGUGGGUUAUCUGAGGGAUGCAAGAAGAAUCACAGUCGCGUUGUCUCGAGCACGACUGGGACUGUACAUCCUCGGCCGGAGGGACUUGUUCGCCAGUUGUUUUGAGAUGAAGCCCGCCAUGGAUCUGUUCAUGCAACGCCCGAGUAAGUUGAGCCUUGUGACUGGGGAGAUGUUUCCGACACCGCGGCUCCUAGAUGAGGAGGUAGAGGAAGGCAAGGUCGCGGAGAUGGACGGCGUGGAGCAUCUAGGACAGUAUGUCUACGAGAUGACCCAAGCCAAGGUUAAAUCCAUGGGUGGACGGGUUAAUGUCCUAAUAGCAGAGGCUGAAGCAAACGGUGGUGCGGAUAUGAAUGACGAGGGAGAACAGCUGAGUGAUGGUGUCGAGGAGGACCCGUUACAUGAGGCUCUGUAA